AGCUUUGUAGCAGGCCAAGCGGGCCUAGCCACUAACUUCUUUCUGGACCCUUCCCUUCCAAAAUUGUUCAUUAAAACUUCGCUUACGAUGCUGGUGAGCUGUCCCAUCGUCUGUCCAGUGAAGAUUCUGAUCGAGGCGCUCAAGAAGCACCAUGUGAUCCCUCGGUUGCUGGCCUGCAAGCCAACGGCGGUGAUCGAUGUGCAAUAUCCCUGCGAUAUAAUGGUCCAUCCGGGCCGGGUAAUAGUGGUCAACGAGGUGCUCAAGCAGCCGAUCGUCCGGUUCAAGGCUGACCCGGAUCGGUUCUACACCCUGAUGAUGGUCGACCUGGAUGUGCCGCCGGAUGGCGAGUGGCUCAUCUGGCUGGUGGGCAACAUAGCGGGCUGCGACCUGGCCUUGGGCCAGACUUUGGCCGCCUACGACCUCCAGCGAGGGAUGGUGGGUGUGAACAUCCAUCGCAUCGUGUUCCUGGCCUAUCAGCAAUAUCUGGAGCUGGACUUUGACGAGGUCCUCAUUCCACAGCGCGAGGAAAAGGGUCGUGAGCAAUUUAACUGCAAUCGCUUCGCGAGGAAGUACGCCCUGGGAAAUCCCAUUGCCGCGAAUUUCUUUCAGGUGGAAUACGUUUGGCGGUGGACCCCCACGUUUUUGCAAUUCGAAAAUGAAUAAAAAGGGGUUCAAAAUAACUUA